ACGAUAAUCAGCUGAUCUCAGUGUAAACAGUGCACGGAGGUUGUGUCAUGUGCUGGGGGAAGAGACAGGGGCAGUGAUAGUUUUCGGCUGUCGGUCAGCUGGACGAUAAAUGGGAAAUGUAUGAAGUGAAGAGCGACAGCGUGAUGUGUUCCGCUGUGUUUGCGCUGCAGUGAGACAGCAGGAAGGGCUUAAAACAUCACAUGCAGCUUCACAGAGGGCCUGUGUGAGCAGCUCUGCCUGAAAACACUGGAUUUUACCUUUACGGGACUGCAUUAGUUUAAGUAGGGUCAAUGGAGGAGCUGGAGCCAGAGGAGCAGUUCCUACGAUAUGCCCGGAAUGGAGAUCUGCCUGGGGUUCAAAGGCUCCUCCUGUCCAAGAUAAGGGAGGAGAUACAGCUCAAUAUCAAUUGCAAAGGGAAAAGUAAAUCUAACCUGGGAUGGACACCGCUUCACUUGGCCUGCUAUUUUGGACACAAAGAUGUAGUUGAGGAGUUGCUCAAGGCAGGGGCAGAUGUUAACUUGCCCAAUAAUAUUGGAGAUAUGCCGCUGCACAAAGCUGCUUUCACAGGAAGAAAGGAGGUUGUCAUGCUGCUGCUGCACUAUGGUGCGUGUGCUACUGUCAUCAAUGGGACAGCACAGAUUCCCAAAGACGUGACACAAAAUGCAGAGAUCAGAAGCAUGCUGGAAGCGGCUGAGAGAACAGAGGAGAGAAAGCUGGAGGAGAAACUUUUGGAUGCUGCACGGGAAGGAGACCUUUCAACGCUAACUCAGUUGCUCUGCAGGAAGAAGCCUCCAGACAUCAACUGCACAGAUCUGCUAGGUAACACUCCGUUGCACUGUGCAGCCUAUCGAGGCCAGAGGCAGUGUGCCCUGAAGCUGCUCAAGGGUGGAGCCAACCCCAACUUCCAAAACAAGAAUGGCCAAACAGUAUUUGAUCUGGCCAGUGAUACAGCAAUGAAGCAGAUUCUUGAGGGCAACAUUCAUCGAGAUAUGACCCGACAUGUCAAGAAGUAUGAAGGACCUCUCUGGAAGGCAUGGGUUGAUACAUUGGAGGAGCACGCAGCUUACAGCACAUACUACUGCUCCCAGGAGCAAGGGAGCGAAGAGGAGGAAUACGAGGAAGUGAUGUCACUUGGAGAGUUAACAAGUUCACUACAGGUUGCAGAUGUCAGCCAGAAAAAUCUGGAGAAGGAGGUCGCAGCGCUCCUGUCCAUGCUGAAGAAUGAAGAGCUGUCAGAAAAAUUUCCAUCAACAAUACUGCAAAAGAUGCAAGAAAUAUGUGAAUUAUCCAGCGAAACCACUUCCAAUCUCAACAUUUGUCUCAGCCUCUUCUCCAGACAGGAAGGGGUGCGCAGUCUGAAAUUGGAGCAGGAGGUGGAGAAGAAUAAGAUCCUCUCUGAGGCACUGCAGACUCUCGCCACAGAGCACCACGAACUUGAGCAAUCCGUCGUCAAGGGAUCUUCACCACGGAGUGCCCUCAGCGAGGAUGAGUUCCACGACGCCGUUUCUGACUCAGAAUCUGAGCUUUCCCUGAGCGGCUUUGAGACGGUAGCCAGCCAAUCCUGUGAGGAAGACGAGGACGAGGACGAAGGCUCUGUCAUGUUAAGCAGCACUUGCAGCAGCCCCGCCAGCACGCUGGAGCAGGAUCACCAUGGUGACAAGGCUGAGCCUCCACCCAAUGGGAUAACAAAGCAUAGGACAAGCUUACCGGCGCCAAUGUUUUCGAGAAAUGACUUCAGCAUUUGGAGUAUUCUGAGGAACUGCAUUGGAAUGGAGCUCUCCAAGAUUACAAUGCCAGUGAUUUUCAACGAGCCGCUUAGCUUCCUGCAGCGUCUCACAGAGUACAUGGAGCACACGUACCUCAUUCACCAGGCCAACGCAUCUUCAGAUUCUAUUGAGAGAAUGAAGUGUGUGGCUGCGUUUGCAGUGUCCGCUGUGGCCUCCCAGUGGGAGCGAACAGGUAAACCAUUCAACCCUCUACUGGGAGAAACCUAUGAACUAGUCAGGGAGGAUCUGGGCUUCAGGCUCAUCUCAGAGCAGGUGAGCCAUCACCCUCCGGUCAGCGCCUUCCAUGCUGAGGGCUUGAAGCAGGACUUUGUUUUUCAUGGCUCUAUUUAUCCCAAACUCAAGUUCUGGGGCAAGAGUGUGGAAGCUGAGCCGAAAGGCACAAUCACACUGGAGCUGCCCAAGCACAAUGAAGCCUACACAUGGACAAAUCCCACAUGUUGUGUUCACAAUAUCAUUGUUGGUCAGCUGUGGAUUGAACAGUAUGGAAAUGUGGAGGUGGUCAACCACAGAACUGGUGAAAGGUGCUACUUGAACUUCAAACCAUGUGGCCUUUUUGGAAAAGAGCUACACAAAGUUGAAGGAUAUAUUCUGGAUAAAAGCAAAAAGAAGCUGUGUGCUCUCUAUGGGAAGUGGACAGAGUGCCUCUAUGUUGUUGACCCAUCUGCCUUUGAAGCACACAAGAAAAACAACAAAAAAGGGGCAGAGGACAAGAAGGGCGGCAAUGCGGGUUGCGCUGAGGAUCAGGAGGAGGUUCCUUCACCACCUGCAGACACUGUGGAGGUGGUUCCUGGCAGCCAGCUGCUGUGGAAAAUAGCACCCAGACCAGCUAACUCUGUCCAGAUGUACAACUUCACAUGCUUUGCGAUGCAGCUGAAUGAGUUGCAUAAGGAGAUGGAGGGAGUCAUCCCUCAGACUGACUGCAGGCUCAGACCGGACAUACGAGCCAUGGAGAACGGUGACAUCGAUCUCGCCAGCGAGGAGAAGAAGCGACUCGAGGAAAAACAGCGAGCUGCUCGGAAAAACCGCUCCAAAGCGGAUGAAGAGUGGAAGGCGAGGUGGUUUCAACAGGGGCAAAAUCCCCACACCAGUUCCCAGGACUGGCUCUUCUGUGGUGGAUACUGGAACAGGGCCUACAGCCAGAUGCCGGACAUUUAUUAAAGGACUUUCUCUGCACAAAGCAUGAACUGUUUUUAUUGGAAAAUUACAAGACCAAGCAAUAUGAAAAAAGUGUACUUAAACAGUGUGGCCUUAAUCUACUUUAUGGAGGUGAAGCUGUGCAGAAAAUGUUUGACAGUAUAGCAUUUGCAUUGACUUAAAGAGGUUUUUCUUUAAAAUGGACUUUUAGCACAGUAAAUAGGGUUUGUGAUUUUUACUGUCCAUCUGUCUUCUUUUAAAUAUUCAUAAUAGUGUUUUGUCUCCAGUUGUAUAUCUGUAUAUACUUUCCAUAAAUCCAGCCGUCAGUGACCUCAUCAUGUUAUUUACAUUCGCUCUGGACUUGCAUUGCCCACCCACUACUCGUCUAAUGUGGAUUGUGAUUAUUUUCUCCUGUAUUUUGCUUUGUGAAGGAAAAAAGAUUACAGAACAAAACCCACUGUAAAUUUUCUGUAUUAGUCUCAACCUUAUAAAGAUACAUUAAGAACUGACUAAUAUGAUUUUUUUUAUUAUUUGUUUUUAUAUUUUUCUGACUGCUGAAGACAUAGAUUGAUAUAAACCACGAGCAAAGCCUCAGUGAUGGCAGUUUGGCCACUGUGAUUGCGUUUUGAGCCAGAAUAUCCAUAUUUAGACAUGAGGGCGAAGUGGUAAGUUAUCAGCUAAGUCAUGCAAGCUUAUUGAGCAACUGACUGAGCACAGAAAAGAGACUAACAUUAAAAAAAACAAAAAGAAAAUAAUUUUACUCAGCAAAAAUUAAGAUUUUGGGGGGGAUGGGCCACAAAUACAGUGCAGUCCAGUUCAGUGUUUCAACUUGAGCAGAGAUGAAGUUUUCUACAGUGAUGGUCCACAGCCACCUGUAAAUAAAGUGAACACAUGAAUCUAAUGCUAAGCCUCAACAGAAUCUGAAUAGAUGGAUAUUUAAUAAAUCGUGCCUAUAUCAUAAUCUAUUUGUAACCCUAAUUGAUUAGUCAUUUAAUGCAGCCCGCUUGGAUGUGUAGUAAUUUACAUAUUGCACAUUUAGAAUAAUUUAUGACUAUUUCUUAGACAUUUAAAAUAUUCUGUCACUCAUUUAAUGACCUCUAUGAGUCACUUCUAA